AUGUCCAAUAUUGGUUUUAGUUUGCGUAAAAACGCUCCUCAAGUGGAUUCUAUUGUCACUGAUUAUGUGCUUGGUUACUUCAAUCAUUUAUCUAACGCCACAUAUGACGCAGUUCAAAGUAAGCAGUUAGAUUUAAACUCAGAGGUCUCUUUCCUCAGAGAUCUAUUGGUAAAUGCGGGUGCAUCUUCAGAAAAAAUCUCGAGUGUGAUCCAAGAAAUGCAAGAUAAGCUUUCAGCUCAAUUGAAGGAGAAUCAAGCUAAGUUAGAAUUGACUGGUGACACCAGCAAAAGAUUAUUGGAUAUCAAUGUUUUGCAGAGCCAUAACAAUAAAUCUAAUUUGAACAACUCUUUGGCUGCCCUUGGGGUGUCUGGAGAUAUCGAACAUACUGGUAGAAAGAUGGAAACCAGGGUUGAUUUGAAGAAGUUGAAGAAAGCAGAAGAGAAAAUCGCAAAGAAGGUUGCUAAAAGAAACAACAAAUUUGUUAAGUAUGAGGCAUCUAAGUUGAUCAAUGAAGGUCAAAACGAGGACUAUGACUCUUUCUUCUUGAAAAUCAAUCCCUUGGAAUUUGGGUCUGCUGCAGGUAAGUCCAAGGAUAUCAAGAUUGAUACCUUCGAUUUAUAUGUUGGUGACGGUCAGAGAAUAUUAUCAAAUGCUCAAUUAACAUUAAGUUACGGACGUAGAUAUGGUCUUGUUGGUCAGAACGGUAUUGGUAAAUCUACUUUACUAAGAGCGCUUUCCAGAAGAGAAUUAAACGUUCCUAAACACAUUUCCAUUUUGCAUGUGGAACAAGAAAUUCGUGGUGAUGAAACGAAAGCGCUACAGAGUGUUUUGGAUGCCGACGUUUGGAGAAAGCAAUUACUAUCAGAGGAAACUAAAAUCAACGAGAGAUUGCAAGAGAUUGAAGAGUUAAGAAAGGAAUUCGAUGAAGAAAGUUUAGAAGUUAAAAAAUUGGACAACGAAAGAGCAGAUUUAGAAGACCAUUUGGAACAAAUAUCCGCAAAAUUGAUCGAUAUGGAAUCAGACAAGGCUGAAGCUAGAGCAGCAUCUAUUCUAUAUGGUCUAGGUUUCAGUACAGAAGCACAACAGCAGCCAACCAACUCUUUCUCAGGUGGUUGGAGAAUGAGACUUUCUUUAGCAAGAGCCUUAUUCUGUCAGCCAGAUCUAUUAUUAUUGGAUGAACCUUCCAAUAUGUUGGAUGUUCCAUCCAUCGCAUACUUGGCCGAAUAUUUGAAAACAUACCCAGCCACUGUUCUCGUUGUUUCGCACGACAGGGCUUUCUUGAAUGAAGUCGCUACAGAUAUUAUCUACCAACACAACGAAAGACUAGACUAUUACAGAGGUCAAGACUUUGACAGCUUUUACGCUACCAAAGAAGAACGUCGUAAGACCGCUCAAAGAGAAUACGAAAACCAAAUGGCAUACAGAAAGCAUUUGCAAGAAUUUAUCGACAAAUACAGGUAUAAUGCUGCAAAGUCUCAGGAAGCUCAGUCAAGAAUCAAAAAGUUGGAAAAGCUUCCUAUAUUGGAGCCUCCUGAAGAAGAGAAAACCAUUAACUUCCACUUCCCUGACUGUGAAAAACUUUCACCUCCUAUCAUUCAAUUACAAGAGGUGUCAUUUAGCUACAAGGAAAGUGCUCCUCUUCUAACAGAUGUCAGUUUAGAUGUCCAAAUGGACUCGAGAAUUGCAUUGGUUGGUGCUAACGGUUGUGGUAAGACCACACUAUUGAAGGUUAUGAUGGAACAGCUAAGACCAACUAAGGGUUUCGUUUCUAGAAAUCCAAGACUACGUAUUGGUUACUUCACCCAACAUCAUGUUGAUUCGAUGGAUUUGAAUUUAUCUGCGGUUGAUUGGAUGUCAGCUACCUUCCCAGGUAAGACAGAUGAAGAAUAUAGACGUCAUUUAGGUGCAUUUGGUAUUAGCGGUUCUCUUGGUAUUCAAAGAAUGCAACUACUUUCUGGUGGUCAAAAGUCGAGAGUUGCGUUUGCUGCUCUAUGUUUGAACAACCCUCACAUUUUAGUCUUAGACGAACCUUCUAACCAUUUAGAUACUGCUGGUUUAGAUGCCCUUGUUGAUGCCUUGAAAUCAUUCACUGGUGGUGUGUUGAUGGUUUCGCAUGAUAUUGCUGUCAUUAACAGUGUGUGUAAUGAAAUUUGGGUAUCCGAAAAUGGUAAGGUCAAUAAGUUCGAUGGUACAAUCUUUGAUUACAGAGAUUACAUCAUCGCUAAUGCUGGUAAAGCAGGUUUCAUCAAAAGACAGUAA